AUGUCUUCUACAAUCGCCAUUCCGGCCAGCCGGCCCUCGGCGACCGACUACGAGCAAUCGCCCAAGACUGCCAGUAGCUCUUCAUCUUCCUACUCUAGUUCUCCUCAAACACCCACUUCUAGUUCUGCUUUCUGCAAGGACGAGUGUACUGUCAUUAACAUUGGAGAUCCUGACGGCACCCCCCGACUGAUCUCUUACCUCGCAUCCAGCCAAGGGUUCACGUGGAAUCCUGAGCUCUUCGUCCCAUCUUAUGUCGACUGCGAUUACGUACCAUUGGAAAACCGUCGAGAGCCAGUGCACGAGAUUCGAUUGAGCGACGAGGAGAUGAAGGGGAUGUUGCCAUAA